UUCAGAUAGUUGCCGUGUAUGGGGCGAACAUGGCAACGGGGCUGUCAUCUGUCGUCUUUGUCCUGGUUGCAGCCACCGUGGUGCGAGCUUCAGUCCUGCCAACAGAGCUGAGGUGCCAACUGCUGUGCGAAGAAGCGGGCGGGAGUUCGCCGGAAGUCCAGAGUGACAGCAUCUGCAUCUGUCACGUCACGCAGGACGUCAUUGACUUGGACUAUCAAAACCUGGAGACAGUGAAGAAGAAGGCCAGGGAUAUGGGAAUGCUGUUUAUCCACGUUCCCCAAGCGGGGCGGUAUGAACGCUGUCUGGACAGAAUCCUCAGGCUGAAGGCCAAGAAUGCAGAAAAUGAAGAGGAGUUCAUGAGGAAAAAGUGGCAGAGGUAUCAAACAAAGAAACACAGAGGUUUGCAGAAAAUUCUUGAAGAAAAGGAUGAUGAUAUCAAAGAGAAGAUAUACACUUUUAAGGGAAGGAGGCGAGGGAAAGGUUAUGAGGGAGAAGAACAAGAAUAUGAAAGGGAAAGAAAAGGACACAUGAGGGAGGAAAAAGGAUAUGAGAGGGAUGAAAAAGACUAUGAAAAAGAUGAGAGAGAGUAUGAGAGGGAAGCAGUAAGAGAAGAACAUAAAGAUUCUGAAAGAUCAAGGAGGGCUGAGUUCAACCCUGUUACAAAGCAUCCCCUCAUUGUGCCACAUGUGGUACCAAGAUUGUAAA